AUGACUGGCCGUCUAGUUGACAUUCAUCCCCGUGAACUCAGUUUUAUAUUUGAGGUUAAGAAACAGAGUACGUGCUCUGUUCACCUUACCAAUCUCUGUGAUCAAUAUGUAGCUUUCAAGGUGAAGACUACGUCACCCAAGAAGUAUUGUGUGCGCCCUAAUGUAGGCAUAAUCAAGCCAAAUUUAACAUGUGCUUUUACUGUUACCAUGCAAGCACAAAAAUCUGCACCAGAUGAUAUGCAAUGCAAGGAUAAAUUCCUGAUUCAGCAUACGAUUGUUCCAUAUGGCACAACAGAAGAGCAAAUUACAUCUGGCAUGUUUGCAAAAGAUGGUGAUAAAUAUAUUGAAGAGACCAAGCUUAGGGUUGUUCUCACGUGCCCACCCCAUUCUCCCAUGUUGCUGCCUGUUAAUGGAAUUUUGAAGCAUGAACCAACUAAUGACACGAAAGACAAAUUGCAGAGCAGAGUUGAAAAUUUACCCCCUUCACAGACGGUGAGAGAUUUUAACAUGAUUUUUGCUCUAGCAUUAUUUGAGGUUAAGAAACAGAGUACGUGCUCUGUUCACCUUACCAAUCUCUGUGAUCAAUAUGUAGCUUUCAAGGUGAAGACUACGUCACCCAAGAAGUAUUGCGUGCGCCCUAAUGUAGGCAUAAUCAAGCCAAAUUUAACAUGUGAUUUUACUGUUACCAUGCAAGCACAAAAAUCUGCUCCUGAUGAUAUGCAAUGCAAGGAUAAAUUCCUGAUUCAGCAUACGAUUGUUCCAUAUGGCACAACAGAAGAGCAACUUACAUCUGGCAUGUUUGCAAAAGACGGUGAUAAAUAUAUUGAAGAGACCAAGCUUAGGGUUGUUCUCACUUGCCCACCCCAUUCUCCCAUGUUGCUGCCUGUUAAUGGAAUUUUGAAGCAUGAACCAACUAAUGACACUUCAGUACCGAAAGACAAAUUGCAGAGCAGAGUUGAAAAUUUACCCCCUUCACAGACGCUUGUUAAGAACAUUGAGGAUGCCAAGAUUAUCGCAAACACAGAAGAGGAUAGAUUGCCCAAUGCUGUGGAAAAUGUGAAAUCUGUCCCUGCUAAGAACGAUAAGCUCAAACCUGACAAGGACAAAGAUUUUAAGCCAGACAAACAAGUGAAGGAUGUGGAAGAAACAAAGUUGAAAUUCACAAAUGAUAUUGAGGAGCUGAAAUCAAAAAUAACUGCCUUGGAUUCCAAACUUAUUGAGGCCCAAGAUACCAUCUCGAAUCUAAAAGAAGAAAAGAGCAGCACCAUUCAGGAGAAGGAAAUAUUAAAGCAAGAGUUGAGCAGGAGUUUAUGCAGGUGUUGGUGUAACUAA